AUGGCCUGGGACUCCAAAACCACCAUCCGCCGCCGCCAAAGCAGCGCAGCCUCCCGAACUCGUGACAUCGCCAUCCACGCCAGAAACCAAGCCCGCCAACCCGCCCAACCCCUAUCCGACCACGUCGCCGAUCCUUUCCUGGCCGACUUCCUCUCCCCCACCUUCGACCCAGCGACCUACCUAAACAACACCCUCCCCAACUCCCUCCCCCUCUCCGACCUCUCCAUUACCACCCAGUCCUCCCUCUCCCAACUGUCCGCCCACACAACCCGCCUAACCACCAUCCUAACCCAACUAACCGACGAAAUAAUCCGCUCCGGCUCCCGCCUAGCCUACGAGGUUGAAGUCCUCCGAGGCGAGACAAUCUCCCUAACCGAAACCCUCACCGAAACCCUCGACUCGCCAAUUUCAAAGUUCAUCCCCGGAGGAGGCAUAAAAUCCAUCCUCCACCCAUCAUCUUCAGAAUCCAACCCUGCCCCCACCACCACCACCAGCAGAUCCCGCGCUUUAUCCUCCCUCCCCCCUCCCCCUCCUCCUCCCUUGGAAAACCCCCCCAUCCCGGACCCGGAAUACAUCUCCCAACUCCGCACCCUCUCCCUCGUCCGCUCCCGCCUGGCAGAAACGCAGGCAACCUUUGGCUCUGCCAUGGCCUUUGUUUUUCCCCCGUCGGAAACCUCUGUUUCUUCCUCUUUUUUGUCGGUAUCUGCCCCUGACACGGGCGCGCUUUCUACCGAGGAGAAGGGGCAGCAAGUCCUGAAGGAACUGAAGCAAGAGAUUCUGGAUUUGCUAGAUAAUAAGGAGGAUCCUAUCAAGGGGGUUGAGGACGCAGCGAAAAGGGUGGAGGAGCUGAAGGAUCUGUGUCAGGUUUGGAAGGGGACCGCGGAGGAGAGGGGACGACAGAAAUUUGUGGAGGGGUUGGCUAGGCUUGUGGGGGAGAGGCAUGAACGGCUUCUGAGGGAGGUGACUGGGCAGGGGCAUAGGAGGGGGGAGAGUAAUGGGAGGUUACAACAGCAACAGGAGGAGGGGGAGAAUAAAGAGGGCGAUAAUAAGGGAGCAGCAGCGGCAGGGCAAGGAGGUGGCGGUAAUGCUGCUGCUGCUGGGGGCGGAGGGUAUGGUGGGUAUGGGCUUAUUAGUCAGUUGCAGAAGUUGAGGGGGGGAAUAUGA